CUCCAUUCAGCAAACCAUGCUCCCCAAAAUCCGGUCAUGGCCCGAUUUCUUGCCAACGAUGACACUCCACUACCUCCGCUCCCGUCAGCACGUGACAUCGAAGGGGCAUCUGAUCCUCAACCCAGAAAGACUCGUCGCUUACGUAAACCAAAAGCUCACAGGAUAGAUGUCGAAGUAAGAGAAUAUCGACAACCGAGUGAGCCAAACAUCGUUGAGAUUCUUGGUAACGAUGAUAGUGCAAAUGCGGCACAGAUCGAAACGGAAAGAGAUCCUGACUCAAAUAUCUUGGAAGGACUAGGCGCUUAUGGAACUCGAUAUUCAACAAACUUCGAUGUUUCUCCUCUCAAAGCGGGCACGUACUUCCACACGUCCACUUUUAUCGGCUCUGGCGAGCUUCGCCGGGCUUUAUCAGACAAGGGCAGUGUUGGCAGAGACUUCGAUGAACCUGCUGGUCAUGUUUUGAUCAAUUACGGUACCACAAGUAUAAGAUGCGGGCCUUGGAACGAUGAGACCUUUGUAGAAAUUUCGGCAUUCUUCAGUGGUAUAUGGAAAACCCUGGACCCACAAAGCUCACCAGAUGAUGCUGCGAUUGCGCUACAGGAUACCUCGAGGCUUUUGCGUUCGCUCAUCAACUAUGUGGCAGUCAACCUUAGCUUCCUCGAUUCAAUCGAUCGCCAGGUGUUUUGUGCAAAAUUGAAGAAAACGAUCGACACGCUUUUCUCGCAUGCAAUGCAAAUCAAUACCGAUACCUCUCUCCAUGAAGCAAAACAAUCCAUACUCCGGGACAAGCUUGUGCGAAUGGCUACGUAUCUUCUAGUGCUUAGCUUGCAAACCCGCCAGAUUGCACAGCAUCCCGUUGUUGAUCAGAAUAUCGUGGUCGAACUGACUGAUCUUGCUUCUGAUAUAUCACGAUUUGUUGCAAGUCAUCUAGUCCGCGAAUUCCUACAGUUGAACGACUUCUUGGAAAGAAAUAAGCGAUUCAAUGAACGUGAGAAUGGAAUACAGGAUAACGACAUCUUAGUUGAAAGCGUGGUGGUCUGCAUGCACGUCGAUCUCACUGGUGUGACGUUUUGGGAUGUUAUAGCGCAAGAACUUGCACUCCGCGCAGAAAAUGUGAUGGAUGUAAAGAGCAUGGAAUCGGUCUGGGCCACUCUAUUCACAUUUCUUCCCUUUGCAGAGAUAGAUCAUCAUGGCAUCUUGAACACAGGCACAAGGAAGCACUUCCGGAACGACAAGUGGUCGCCUAUCACCGCGAUGCUUAAGCAGUUAUUUCGACUUUAUCCGCAAACGUAUCGAGUUCGUGGUCUUUCGUUAAAUGAAUACGUUCGCGCCUCUCUGACAAGGGUUCAUGUCCUGAUCCAAUACUGGCAUUGGCGUCGGUGCGAAUCAGUCCUAAGAGCAAUCUUCGACUUCUUUGCGACAAACAGUCUACGCCUAUUGCGCAGAGAGGAAGGCAAUGGCUCCGCGAACUUCCUCGAGGAUCUCACUAAACAGCCCACGCUGGACCUAGGGCCGCGCGAUAGCUCAUUCCAGAUUUUCCUCAAAUGCCUAGCCUUAGGUUUGCAGACCAUGCGCGACGAGUACCCUGAUAAUACACUUCGCAGCAUUGUCUUCCGUCUGACGCCGAACCAUGGUCGUGUACACCCCAAAGAUCAGGGACUUCCCAAGGAGGAUCUGGAGGCCCUUCGAAAUCAUCAUGAUCUUCUCGCUACAUUGUACUGGGCGUCCAAGCCCCUCUGUCGGCCACGGUUAGAACUCUUUCGCGAUCUCGCCGACCACGAGAAGUCCCACCGUGAAGUAUGCAAGCUCAAUGUACGCACGUGGGCCAACCUCGCAACGUUCCAGUUAUCAACCAAGGAACCAUACUCCACUGUUCAACUUUUCGCUAAAUGGCACAAAGACAUGAUGGUGCAGGCGCUAAAACAGUAUCGUCAGGCUAAGACUGACGUUGAGGAGGCACUUAAAGGCGAAUCUCAUGUUGGAGAUAAUGCCAGUAUGCUGAUGGUAAAGCAGACCAUGGAGAAAAAUCAGGAUCAGGUACUUGAUACAUUGUUAGACUGUAUUGCAGGAAUACAAAGGGCUUUGGAAAUCAGUCUGAAAUUGGCGGCUUCCGAGAACGAGAUCUUGGUUGCUACUCAGAAAUUCCUUGCUGAUUCCGGCCUUCUGACACUACUCGAGCUUCCUCACUUGGAAGACAAGCGCCUGGUGGUUGUUAUUCGCAAAACGCUCAGCGUGCUUUGCUCAUACGCAAAACUGAUGAGACAGUUGCCAAAACCCGAGCUCGAACAGCCCGUGAGUGAAGAGAGUCAAGAUUACGGAGAUUCAUUGGACCUGGAUGAUAUUGCUGAAUUCGACCCUGCACCUGUCCAACCCAAAGUCCCCCAACCUUUGGAUUUCAUCGAGAGCGCUCUGUGGCGCCUGCUAUCCAAUGCAUUUGGUGCCGACUCUGCUCCCGACGAUAACCUGCUCAUGGACUGCAUCGAAACAUGGACAGUUCUCGCGAGCUGCCAGGUGUCCAUGGGGCACUGUUUCUGGUCGCAUUUCCUAGACACGUUCAGCAGUGUUUCAUGGCAGCAACUCCGCAGCACAGAGCAGACACAGAAAUACGGUCCUUACUUCAUGGCCUCCCUGAUUGAUUGUGAUGCAGCAGCUUACACGGGACACGAGACAGAGUUCAUGACCAUGCUAUUCUCCUGCUUGGUGGACCGAGAGUCUAGAUUACGAUUCCAACACCGUUUACUCCGAGCUCUUAUCCGUGUUGACCCGACACACCCACUCAUGAGGAAUUUGCCAUUUUCCACGGACAACAAGUCGGGUGAGCUUGAAUUCACGCAAGAGACAUUGCGAGCGCGGCGACUCUCGCUCCUAUCCAGCCUCCUAGCGAACAUGUGCGACGACUUUCAUACCAGAGUGCACGACAACCCUGCGAAGAGAGAGCAGAUUCAAUCAGAGUAUAAGCCGAUGCUCGAUGCUUUGAUGACAUCGAUGAAGAACAACUAUCUGGAACUCGGCCCUCAUUCUGGACCGACGGGCGCUUAUGUGGGAUUUGUACAGAAGAAUGUACAAUUCCUGCAACAAUAUUCUAUUGAUAUGAUAAGGAAAAGCCCCAUCUUUGAGUUCUUCACCAACUCGGUCACGUUUCCGACUCCAGCUACAGAUCCUACCUAUGUCAUUGGACGACUAUGCAGCUACGCGCCCAAGCUUUGUCGUCAGUCGGGGGUUGUCAAGGAACUUUCGGCUUUUGUCCAGAGAGUUGCGCAGCAAUCUGCAGCGGAUGGGCGACAACCCCAACUUGUGCAUCAACUCGAUACAGUGAUGGGACGCGGGGAGAUGCCGACAAAGGACAGGAUUGCCCUCCGUGAUGUCCUGAUGCAAGGCGUGUUUCCGGCGUACGUGGAGGUUGCUUUCACAUCAAGGAUCGGGUUUGUGGUUGCGCUGCCGAUUCUUCAAUCGCUGUGUGGCGUCAUACAGAACAUGUUGUUCGAUGUGCGGGUGAUGAAUGAGCUUAGUGCUCUGUCUACGUGUGAAUCAAUCAUGUCGAUUGUACAUGUGUUUAUACAGAGCACGCGAGCACUCAAGGCCGAUACACAGCUGCUGAAGCAAGCGCAUAUUCUCGCGGCAGUCAGGUACAUGCUCGAGACAUUCAUGGCAGCUGUACCGGUACUGCAAUACAUGUUGAGUCGACGCUUUGGAUCCACAGCCAAGCCAGCAGUCGUCAGGUACUUUGAAGAGUUCAGCGUCUGGCUCACAGGAACGCUACAUGACGUGGAACCAGCCACAGCCCCGUCGUAUGAGGGUGAUUCGGGUAUUUUGCAAUGUACGCAUGCUAGUCUUCUCCCGUUUUCCAGGAGUGAACUGGGAGACGACCUGCAAAAACACUGGAGUAUGCAAAUGGGCAAUGUAUAUUUUGGACAUGGCCACGGGAGACGGGAAGUGCGGGCUGUUGAUAUCGCAAGCGCAGAAGAAGAAAAGGCCAUGCUGAUGGGUCGCAUUGAAGCGUUACAUGGGGUUAUUAGUGACGAGUAUAGGCAUGACGGUGUACAUGGGGUGGAGGGUAGAUUCUUGGGUGACCUAGACGUUUAG